UUAUCUAUCGAGAUAAAUAUCAUUAUCUAUAUUGUCUCACCUCAUUUAUCAUUUGAUACAAGCAAAAAUACGUUAUUAGUUAUUAUUCUAAUAGAGAAUUCUUCUAGAGAAACAUCAGCUCAAAAGUGUGACCAUACGUAAAAAUGACAAGUAUAGAGACAGUGGGUACCAUCGUACUUAAAAUAUUGAAGUUGGUAAUAAACUUGAUAUGCAUAAUACUAUACAGGACCGGUUACCAGGGCUACUUCUUAGGAGUAGGAGGAACAUGGAACUUAAACGAAGAAAAAAAUCCUGAUUCGGAAAUUGUGGCAUCUGGAAUCUUUGUCGGCUACAUGAUCUACACUAUCGUAUCUCUUAUAAGCCUGUGUUUCGCCAGCGGUGAUCACAAAACAUCUUUCACCGAUAUUUUAAUGAAUAUAGUCGGUGUAUUCAUGUGGGUGGCCGUUGGAGCAACAGCACUUCACUACUGGCUCGGUUAUUUGUCAGAAUAUAAAUACUCGAGCGUUGAUUCCGAGCGACAGGUGGGCUUGGCGUUAGGAGCCUUGUGCGUUAUAAACGGUGCAGUCUAUCUAGUGGACAGUGUGUUGUCUGUCGUAUUUAUAAUUAAAUCGAAGAUGCAAUAAUAAUUUUUAAUGAAUUAUUUAUAAAUUUUUUUAUCUUUCUAUAUUUUUUAAAAGAUUUCUGCAAACUGCAAACUGCAAACUUUCCUCGUAAUUCAUGACAAUAUUUCAUCAUUGCAGUCAUCUUUCAUGUACAUUUUUAAUACAUAUUUUAAUGCACUCUUAAGUCUUAUAGUCUUAUGGCAUUCGUGUGGAUAAUGUAAUAUGGAUGUUUACUUCAUUCAAUUCUUUUCUGUUCAGUUUAUUAAGUGCAAUAAUUGAUAAUAAAAAGGUAACGAAUAUUUUGAAAUAUUGUCUGCGGUUUAAUGACUAAUGAAUUUGAAUUUGGCGAAAAUAUAAUAAAUUCGUUACUGUUGUCCUAAUGUAAAUCUCAACAAAAAUUGGCAUGCAAUUUAAAAUUUGAAGUUUUUGCACUACAAUAUCAUAUUUUAUGUUAACUUUUAGUUAAACGUUAUUUUAAAGAAAAAAUAGUUCCAUAAUUAUUAGAAAAUUAAAAAAUGUUUU